AUUACUUAUAGUUCUAAUGAAUUGAAUAAAAAAAAAAAAAUGCUACGUACAAUACUCUCUCCUAACAUUGGAAAUCCUUAUCUUGUAGGGGUCAAUUGCUAUGGCUGAAAGCUUGUAUGAAUUGAGAUGGACGGAUCAUGGAUGGGUUAAUGCAGGCACAAUUUGUCUCUUUAUGUGGUAGUCAGAGAAAUUUGAGUCAAUUGUGGUCCCUUUCUUCAAAAAUUAAAAUCCCUGUCCUCUUGUGUAACUCCUUUUGCUUUUCAUCACUUCCAUGCAAUUUUCAAUCAUGUCUGCCUUACCCUACAAAAUGAUAUGCAGAAGAUGACCAGUUUUCUAAUGCAAUAAACCAUGCCAUUGCCACCACUUCACGCCUCCAAUGCAAUGGCGCGUUAUCAAAACUCCAACAACGAAGCUUUAUCACUGUCUUUACUCUCUCUUGUACGGCCCUAUCAACUUCCACCCUCCAUUUUACUGGUUCUAUGGAGUAUUCUCCUUAAUUUCACUCACACUCACAGGCCCUUGUUUCCUAGAUUGGUUGCUGGGUUGUUUGUUUUCCCAGAAAUUGUCUGCAAAGCGAAAAACAUCGGAGACAGAAAAAGUUUUGUACUAGAAGUUAGCAAAGCUUCUAUCUUGGACUGCCCCAUUUGUUUAAUGGGAAAUUUGCGGUCGUUUGUUCUGGCAUUGUUUUCAUGGCUGUUCUUUAUCCAAAGCACCUAUGAAUUGGAAGCCUAUCAAACUCAACUUCUGCUGCAAUUAAGGGAACGCUUAGAGUACCCUUCACAGUUGGAAAUAUUGGAUAAUUACAACGGAGAAAUCUGUAGUUUGUCUUCAACUGCACAUUUUAGUAUCUCAUGCCAGGAGAAUUUUGUCACUGAGCUCAAGAUUAUGGGAGAUAAGCUUGCCAAUGUUAAUGAAUUCAAUGGACAUUCAAUUCCUGGUGUAACUCUGUCUGGGAGCUUCUCCAUCGAUUCUUUCAUUACCACAUUGACAGGGUUAACCAGCCUGAGGGUUCUCAGCCUAGUGUCUUUAGGAAUUUGGGGGCCACUUCCUGAUAAAAUUCAGAGCCUUUAUUCACUAGAGCUUUUGGACUUUAGCUCAAAUUUCAUGUUUGGUUCUAUCCCUCCUCAGAUAUCUACAAUGGUUAAGCUUCAGAUGUUCAUAAUAGAUGGGAAUUAUUUCAAUGAUACUAUUCCUGAUUCAUUAGGUUCAUUAUCAAAUCUUACUGUUCUGAGUUUGAGGGGCAAUCGGUUGAAGGGUCAAUUUCCUUCUUCAAUAUGCAGAGUAUCAAGCCUAACUGAUAUUGCCUUGAGUCACAAUGAGCUUUCUGGUAACUUGCCUGAUUUGAGUAGUCUAACUAGCCUCCGUGUUUUGGAUUUAAGAGAGAAUCAAUUAGAUUCUGAACUGCCCCUAAUGCCACAAGGUUUGAUCACAGUUCUCCUUGCUAAGAAUUCAUUCUCUGGCAAAAUUCCUGAGAAAAUUGGCAAUUUGGGUCAUCUCCAGCACCUUGAUUUAUCAUUUAAUCAUCUCAGUGGAACUCCUCCUUCUGCCUUGUUCGCUUUGCCAAACAUCAGUUAUCUGAAUUUAGCAUCCAAUUUGCUCAGUGGUUCACUUCCAAAACAUCUAACUUGUGGUAGCAAACUCGGGUUUGUUGAUAUUUCUAGUAACAAGUUGAUAGGCGAGCUUCCUUCUUGCCUGGACAAUUUUUCAGAUGAGAGAGUAGUUAAGUUUGGCUGGAAUUGCUUAUCCAUUGAUGCCCAACAGCAGCAUAAAGGGUCAUAUUGUGAAAAUGUCUAUAGGAGGAAAGAAUUCAGUGGAAGAGCAGCGCUAAUUGUUGUUACUGUUGGGGCUGCCCUCUUUCUGGGACUUUGGGCAUUUGGGAUUCUUUUUCUAUGUAGAAGAUGCCGUUCACAAAGGACAUUUGAAACACAUAUACGGCAAAAGGUUGAGCAAGACACUUCAAAAACUGGUGUUUCUUCUGAAGUCCUUGCAAGUGCCAGAUUGAUUUCUGAAGUAGUGAAGCUAGGGACACAGGGUGCUCCAGCAUGUCGACUGUUUUCCUUGGAAGAGUUGAAGGAAGCCACAAACAAUUUUGAUUCAACGAUGCUUAUGGGUGAAGGUUCUAUCGGGAAGAUUUACAAAGGAAGAUUGGGGAAUGGGACUUAUAUUGCUGUACGAUCUUUGACUUUAUUGAAAAAGCUUUCAAUUCAAAAUCUCAAAGCUAGGCUUGAUUUUCUUUCAAAGCUUCAACAUCCACAUUUAGUUAGUCUCUUGGGUCACUGCAUCGAGGGUGGUCAAGGACAUAAUUUUAGCACAAACAAAGUUUUCCUUGUGUAUGAAUUUGUGCCUAAUGGGCACUAUCGUAUGCAUCUCUCAGAAAAUUGUCCAGAGAAAGUUCUUAAUUGGGCAGAUAGAUUGUCAAUUCUGAUUGGUGUUGCCAAGGCUGUACAUUUUCUGCACACCAGUGUUAUCCCUGGUGCUUUUAAUAACCACUUGAAGACAAAUAACAUAUUGUUGGAUGAGCAUCAGAUUGCAAAGCUGAGUGACUAUGGGAUGUCCAUCAUUACAGAAGAAAAUGAAAAACUAGUGGCAAAGGGCGAAGGCUCAAAGUUAAGCCAAAGGGCAAAAUUAGAAGACGACGUUUACAAUUUUGGAUUCAUAUUACUUGAUUCGCUUGUUGGGCCUAUUGGUACUGGAAAAGAAGAAGCAUUUCUGAUGAAUGAAAUGGCAUCCUUUGGCAGCCAGGAUGGACGAAGAAAAAUUGUGGAUCCAAUUGUGUUAACUACUUGCUCACAGGAGUCACUAUCAAUUGUGGUAUCCAUCACAAGGAAAUGCAUAUCUCCUGAACCAUCAUCACGUCCCUCAUUUGAAGACGUUCUUUGGAACUUGCAGUAUGCAGCUCAAGUGCAGACAACAGCUGAUGCAGACCAAAAAUCAGAUUCAACAUCAUGGUUGUAGGUACCCAAAGGUUGGUUUAGUAGAAGGCUGCUGUCAUUAUCUUAAUAAGAAAGCAAGUGUAGCAGUUUGGAAGGUGUGUCUUCUCUUCAUCGAAGCGUAAGAAACAAGGUAGAUUCACAUCUGAGCUGCUUUCCUCUGCCAUAAUGUUAAACGCAAAGCUGUAGAUGUCAUAUUUUAUUGCUUAGACUUUUUUUUUUUUCAGCUAAAAUUUUGGUAGAAUAUAGCUUGUUGUGUACUUUUUCAUGUAACAAACAGAAAAUGACAUU